GUGACUCUUGAAUUCUGUUCUGUUUGACCUUUCUCUCUCUCUCUGUAGAAAGCGUGCUUCAAUGACAUUCCAGCAGUUACUGAUGUAAGGAAGCUAGUUUUAGUCCUGAGGAAGAUAUAGAAAUGGCUUUAUAUUCUUUAUUUCGAUCUGUCAGGACAGAAGUAGUCAAGGGAUGUGUCACGCAGCACGUUCAGUCUCUCUACACCAGCUGCCCGAGUUUAGCAGCAGAUAAAGCACUUCUCCUCAAAUUACGUAAAUCUACGGGCUACACCUUCAUCAACUGCAAAAAGGCACUGGAGAAAUUCAACAAUGACGUUACACAGGCAGAAACCUGGCUGAAUGAACAAGCCAAAAAAGAGGGCUGGAGCAAAGCGAGUAAACUGGAAGGUCGAAAAGCCACGGAAGGGCUGAUUGGUCUCCUUAUGGGUGACAAUGCAGCUGUCAUGGUUGAGGUGAACUGUGAGACAGAUUUUGUGGCAAGGAAUGAGAAAUUCCAGCAGUUGGUGAAGGAUGUUGCUUUGUCUGUAAUGGCUCAUAACAGCAGCAAAAAACAGACAGGGUAUAUUAAGAGUGUGCUGUCUUCUGAGGAUAUUAGUAAGCUCCACGUUCCUGAGGGACCCUCACUGGCAGAUCAGAUAGCCUUGACUAUAGGGCGAUUAGGUGAGAACAUUGGCAUGCGGCGGGCCGUAUCACUUGCUGUGCCCUCUGAUUGGCACAUUGGCUCAUACGUUCAUGGGGCAGUUCCCGGGCAGGUUGGCAUUGAGAUGGGGCGCUAUGGAUCGCUAGUUGUGUUUCAAGGUGGACCUAAGGACGGGACGGACGCUCUGGGAAGGAAGCUGGGGCAACAUAUAGUGGGCGAAGCACCUGUUUCUCUUGGCAACAUGGCCGAUAUACCAUGUGGUGAAUCUGAGACAAGACUUUUGCCCCAGACCUUCCUCCUAGAUCCCAAAUAUACUGUGGGACAGUACCUGACUCUACAGAACGCACGUGUGCUAGACUUCAUACGCUUCCAGUGUGGAGAGAGCACCAGUCAGGAGGAGUGAACAGAGCUGUUUUGAAUGAGAAAAUAUAUUUCCUUAAAGGAUCAAUUGGUCUCAUCAGCUUGGUUGAAAAUCAUAUUUUCAGUAUAAAAUUCAGUGUAAAAUGUGUAAAAUAUCUAUACAUCUUUAAUUUUUUUUUGUCAUUUUAACCAAAAACAGGGUCAGAUCAUAUCCAUGAUAUCUCUGCCUGCACCCCUCAACCAAAAUUCUAGUUUAUUCAUGAAGUGAAUUAAGAAAAUUAAUUGUAAAGUGGUCUAAUAGACAUCGUUGUUUUGACACUGACAUGUUACUGGUAAAAAAAAAGCCUCAGAUGGGUGAAUCUGAACUCCUAUGCUGGUUCUGUGCAUCACAAAAAAUAAACGUUUUGCGAUCUGAAA